GCCCAUUCUCUAGUUUUACAAGAAGUUUCCGCCAGAAUUGAUCCUAAUGGUGACCCCAUUCCUUAUUAAAAUAAAGAAUGACUGUUCAUUCUGCAUUUCAAAAGCUGUUUCAUACGACAUAUAGCAAUGUCAAUACCGAUAAUUCGUCUAAUUUCUUUACAUAUGAAGUUUACUGUUUUCAUAAGUGGUACAUUCGUGAAUACGGAAGAUACGUCAAACGAUACCAUGGAUUUAUUGUUAACACACAUCUUUUAUCCUUUCAACAGAUACAAAGGUGUCUUCUACGAUGUGCUUCACCAAUUGAGUAUGUAGGGGAUGAGAGUCUGACCAAACAUUUAGCUAUAGGAUGGUAUGGGGAAUCGAAUACAUCUAUCACUGGUCGAAGUGCCGAACCAUUUUCGUGAAAUUUAGGCAAAUCAUGUGAUCUCGGUGUGAACGUACCAGUGGGUUUUAGUGAUGCAUGCAAACUUUGAGAUAGUCUUGUUUCAGCCUUUGCAAUGAUUCAACUAACUGUUUCUUAAUCUUUUUAAUCGAACCCAGGGAAGAUGAGAUUUUUUGGAAUUUUAGAUGGUCAUUUACACAUUGACCAUUAAAUAUGGUGAUCGGGCUUUAGUACCACAAUGAGGAAACAGGCUAUGUUGGUUAGCAUAAAUGUCCUUACAGGCUUUUCUAUGCCAGAAGGAUUGAUCAGAAAGACUUUUGAAUAAAAGCACUGAAAAUGAUAAUUUAUGUGAAGGUGAGGUAACAGUGCUGGAGUAGAAUAUCAUCAAACUAGUUAGGCUACCUUCCCAUUCAGGAGAGCAGGUCGUUAAAUCCUGAGUUAUUCUACGGCUGUAGGUAAAUGACACUGAGAAAUUACGUACGGAAGAAACUCCACAGAUUCAAUAUGCUACGCUACACUGCGAUUAACUGACUUUGAUAUAAGAAAACAUUUAUUUGUUUUUUCUCGAGGUACUCCAAUAAAAAGUUAAUUGACGAUGUGGCCAGCUAUCAUGAGAGCGAAAUACUCCUUUUCAACAGCUUCAAC